GUGAUCGAGAUCGUGAACGUGAACGUGAGCGCGACCGGGAGCGCGACCGGGAUAGGGAUCGAGAUCGAGAGCGCGAUAGGGAUAGGGACAGGGAUAGGGAUAGGGAACGAGAUCGACAUCCAAGAGAUGAUCGUGAUCGUCGUCGGGACGAUCAUCGAAGCUCACGUGGUGGUGAUGAUGACCGUCGAAGUCUCAGAAGAGGUGAAGGAGAUGAUUAUGAUAAACGUCGAUAUGAUGAUGAAGGAAGAGGACCAGGUGGAAAAGAUGAUCGGGAGAAACGGAGGAGAUUUGACUGAGAAGGUUUGCAAGCUUUCAGCCUGAAAUUUAUUUGAAUGCCGUGAAAUGAACAGAGCAAGAGGAAAUCUUAUAUUUACCUGUGUAACAAGAAGAUUACUUUCAAUGAGGAAAAAAAGCAUAAAUUGAUACUAGCAUGCUCCAAGAUUAAGAUAGCAUUUCCUAGUUUUUAUUGGUGAUGAGAAGUCUCACAAUGCUUGUUUAUUAUUUUGUACCCAUCUCUCUAAAUACCAACACACCAUCAAGCCAUUGUGGUGAGUUAUUCCCAGCAGAGCUCAGCACUGGUCAGGAAUACUAAGAUGAGAUGGCUCAAAGACAUCAAAGACCAAGAAUGUUACUCAUCUCACAUUAAAUGAUAUACAAAGAUGAAUUUAUAGUGUGGCAUAUGUCAUUUUUUGUUGUUCCGUGUUCAUAUUUUUCUCUGGAUAAUCAAUUGGAAUUAUGAGAUACUUGUGCC